UAACAGAUCGUAUAAGAAUAAUCCACUCACAGAACGUGACUCUGCUUGACAGCCAACAGCAAACUAUUAACACUGACAAUAACUUUCGUGGACUAAAACGAGGAUUAAAACGUAGUGGUGACAGAACUGAUUAAGUUCCUCCGUUUUACUUGAAACGUUUGGAUGAAAGGAUGAUUAUAAAGUAAAAUAGUACAUCGAAAAAUACAAAACUGAACUUUCACGCAAUACAAUUGGACUGGACUUACACAGCAGUGAAAUAUUAAUAUUUUUGUCAGUCAGUUAAAACAUUUUUAUGAGAUGUACCUGUACACAAUUUGUGCUAUUUUUCUGUUUAAAAAGACCGAGUCCCUGAUUGGUUUACGCCCACCGUCUGCAGAUCCUACCUAUAGAAGACAUCAACAGCUACAACAAUCUCAUCCUUCGCAUAGUCCCCCACUGCCUAUAUCUCACCACCAGAACUUAAAUGAAACACAAAAGAAUAUUGCAAAGUUUAUCUUACAGAGAUCGUAUAAAAAUUUUGUCCUGAAAAAAGACGUGUAUGAUAGUUUAAAGAAAAUUUCUUCAAAAGGAACGACUCUACAUAAUGAAUCUCUAGUGUCUACUGAAAAACGAAGUUGUGAUAAUUAUACCUCACUUAAAUGCAGCAUUAGAUUUCUGAAAUCUACAAUCCGAGAAGACAGUGACGACUGCGAAAGUUUCCAGGAUGUUUCCAAUUGCAUGUGCCCUCAUUGUGUCACACAUGAAUGCAGUAUACGUCACACACUCAAGGCUAUAGCAGAUGACAAGAAUUGUGUGGUUCAAAGUAUUUCGACAAAAGGGAUAAAUAAAUGCUGUCAAGGAGAGCUGCUGAAAUGUACUAUAGACACAUAUCUGAGUAUGAACGAAGGCGAUAGAGGUUGUGAUGCCAUCACAGAAUUUACGACAUGUGUGUCACGAUUUACGACACAUUUGUCAAAUAAGAAUUUUGACAGAAUAUUUGAACUUUUGCUAUCGCUUACAAAAACAUGUAUAUACACAAUAAAACCUUAUACAUGA